AGAGAUCAAAAUUCCUUUGCUACGUGGGGAAAAACCCAGAAUUUUCAGGGCAGUUUCUCUCAUUGAGGUGAAGCAGACCAAAGAGAUACGACAUAGGUAAGCACUCCCUCACUGCUCACUCCGCCCUCUUUCCUAAUGAGUUUCCUGCUUUUGUGGGACAGACCGAGAAGAGCUGCAAAAGCGAGUAGAAGGUGUGUGAUCGUCUAGAAACUGCUUUGGAUUCAGAACCUGGAAAACAGAGAUUCUACUUUCCCAGCCAAAACUUGUACAAUGGGAUCUUCCCAUCAGUUGCUAUCUUCCCAUAUUCACUAGUUUCUGACUUUUAUUUUCAAAAGAAAUCUUCAUAGUUUUCUUAUCAAAAAACUUGAAAGGAAGAAAGGAGAGCUUUAACUGGUGUUCUAUCCUCGGGUCAGAACGGGAAACAGCAGCACACAUUUUUCCUUGUGAUGAAGAGAGAAGUUAAAACAUGACUGCUUGUACCUACCAAAACCUCUUUCUGAUGCCUGUCCCUUUAAGUGCCCAUCUGUUCUCAAGUGCCUGCCACCACCAUCCCUUCUGCCAUGUUGUUAGAGACACGCUGGAAGAACAUCCGCCAAACCUUGCUGCUCCUGUUCACCGCUGCUCUUCUCAUCGGGGUCACCAUGCUGGCCAUCUCCUCUAACAUCAACCCAGUGGGCUAUUUCUUCCUCGGGGUAGGGGGAGUGUGCCUGGUUGGCUACCUGCUGAGUGUGUUUGUCGAGUGUUACCUGAGGAAUCAUCACCGGCGUGACGCAAAUGAAAUACCUCCGAGCAGGCAAAGCCAAGCAGGGGUGAAUGCUGCCUAUGAAGCGCCCACCUAUGAGGAGGUGAUGACCAUGUCAGCUCCAGCUCCAGCAAUAUGGACAAUCACAUCCAACCCAGGCUGCGUGCCCUCGCCGCUGAGCGAGCCUCCCCCGUACAACGUCGUUAUCGAAUCCUCUGCCCAACAAGAGAUGAUGGUGGAGGCUCUGCGGGGGCCAGUGCCACCAGACACGGUGCUCACCUCUGAGACAGACACGGGCUCCAGGACGCAGCUGCAGCUGGUGCUGCCCCCAAGACUGCAGCGGUUCGUUUCGGACAUCCAUGAGGACAAAGGCCUUGAAGAAAGGUUUGAGCCACUGGAGCCACUCACUCCACCACCUGCUUACGAGACUGCCAUCAGUGAUGAGGUCUUUGCAGAUGCUCACCAGCCCUCUGUGUUAGGACUGAUUUCACCUUCCAUGAAUACAGAACCAAACCCUCACUCCAAUACAGGAUGUUCCUAGAGGGAUGGUAAAACGGCUGAUAAUGUUUGGCCUAAACGUUUGUCUCACCAUUCUUUGAACCAGAAUUGAACUACAGACACAGCUUCUGAUGUUACUAGAAUCUUUUUGCACAAAAUAGAAAUCAAUGCAAUACCACACUGCUUUGACUUGGCAGAUACAUAAAACCAUUGUGAGGAAAGUUGUGUUAUGUAUGGCAACAUUCUCAAACUGGAGAUACACCUUUAUGGGAGAGGAGAAGUAAAUCCUGAGAAGAGACAAGAUUGAGAAAAAAACUCCAAAGAAGGACUGUAGGAUGCAGCCAGAAGAAUCUCUCUGGAAAAGGGGAGGAAUAGAAACAACAUGAAGCACAUUCUGCCUAUUCAUUGCAAACAGCAAUAUUUCUGAGUGCAGUGUGACUUCAGCCACCCUGAAAUCCCCACAGAGAGAACAAGCCUGCACUCCCCACCUUGCUGUUUUGCAGCAACACAGAUUUAUGGUCUCAGCUUUUUGUUACUGUCCCUCUGCCAUACCUGCUCCCCAUCCUCAACUGUGCUACAUGGGAGUGUGACUGAGGGGAGAGGUCUGACUGCAUCUGGAAGCUGGUACCACCUGAUACCUGUCACUUGGAGUUGAAAAGCUGAUAGUAUGCAUCAAAUUACUUCUGUUGUCCACAAAGUUCUCAUCCCACACAGCCAUUGGUGGACAAGAGGGAGAUAAGUUUUCCCCCUGCAAGAGAGGCCAGCGAUGGGAUAUAUACACAUGUAAGCAUCCUCUGCUUGGACUUCAUGGCUCUACAGCAGGGUUUAUGUCUGCUGUAUUACAGAUGUACUCUUAACAGAUGGCCUGAGACUCUUUACUGUCAUUAUGCACAGAAAGGCCAAAGCUCCUCCAGUUCUCUGUGGGCUCUGGGAAGGUCCAGUCUGUCUGCCAAGGCAGUGGAGCACCGGAGGACAACAGUCCCAAGACACAUUUGGCCUUCAUCAUGACGGUUCUAGGCUGUAGGCAGGUUCUAGCUCUCACUGAUCAGUGAUGCUGUCCCUUUUUAAAUGGGUGAACUAAACUGAUCAGCUCUGCAGUGUUAAGGUGGUCUGCAGUAUGCAAGGAGAUGCAUUUGCAUCUGGUGAAUGUCCACGUUAAAAAAUAAAAAUGGUGGUCCGAAUCUCCUGUGAAGGAGAGCAGCAAUCAUCCCAGCCUUGCUCAUGACUGCAUAUUUAAUUCAUAUGAUGAACCAUCAAACCAAAGGCUAGAAGCAAAUAAAUUAUUUCUUAUUGUUUGAUUCUUUAUAUUUCAAAGGAGAAAAAAAUAAACCUUUUAUGUUGUUUAUAAAUAAAUAGGACUGCAUUAAAAAUU